AACACACGGAAGAAUGAACGCAUGAGGUUUCUGUUGGUCUUGUUUAAUCCCACACUUGGUCAGUGACACGACGUCAGGACUCCUCGCUCACUGUCUCGCGUCCAGACGCUCGUGAAGCCGCAGUGCCGCUCAACGGCUAACGCUCCUGGAGACGCCUGGCGGAAAAAUGCUCCCGCUAUCCAUCAAAGAUGAUGAGUACAAACCGGCCAAAUUCAACCUGUUCGUCAAGCUAUCGGGCUGGUUCAGAUCAAUUCUUGCUGAUAAAACCUCCCGCAAUCUGUUUUUCUUCCUGUGUUUGAACCUGUCCUUCGCGUUCGUGGAGCUGAUGUAUGGCAUAUGGAGUAACAGUUUAGGUUUGAUAUCCGAUUCCUUUCACAUGUUCUUUGACUGCACCGCUCUCCUGGCAGGCCUCGCAGCAUCCGUCAUUUCACGGUGGAGGUCCAAUGACUCCUUCUCAUACGGGUAUGUCAGAGCAGAAGUGCUCGCAGGAUUUGUGAAUGGCCUUUUCCUCAUCUUUACCGCCUUCUUUAUCUUCUCAGAAGGAGUAGAGAGGGCGCUUGAACCCCCUGAUGUGCACCAUGAGCGUUUGCUCCCGGUGUCUAUAGCAGGGCUGCUGGUGAAUCUUGUAGGAAUAUUCGUUUUUCAACAUGGAGGACAUGGACAUUCACAUGGUGAUGAAGGUCAUGGCCACAGUCAUUCUCUGUUUAAUGGCAGUGUGGGACAUGGACACAGUCAUGGAGGCCACGGCCACAGUCACGAGUCCAAACACGGACACGACGAUCACGGACAUUCACACGGAGGACACGGACAUUCACACGGAGGACAUGGGCAUUCACACGAUGAUCCUCACUGCCACGAUGACCAUUCGCUCACACCCGGAAAAGGCUCCAGCAAGCAGAUAUUACAAGGGUUACCGCUAGAGACGGUAUCCAAGACAGCGGGUUCUGUCGGUGUCAUUAUAUCAGCCAUCCUAAUGCAAAAAUACGACCUGAUGAUCGCCGACCCCAUCUGCUCCAUGCUCAUCGCGCUUCUCAUAGGAGUGAGUGUGGUUCCUCUGCUCAGGGAAUCCAUUGGGAUCUUGAUGCAACGGACGCCUCCUUCUCUGGACCAUACGCUUCCUGAAUGCUACCAGAGGGUCCAGCAGCUUCAGGGUGUCUAUAACCUCCAAGAACCUCACUUCUGGACCCUUUGCACAGACGUCUACAUUGGUACACUCAAACUCCUCGUGGCACCUGACGCAGAUUCUAGAUGGAUUCUCAGCCAAACGCACAACAUUUUCACACAGGUUGGCGUCAGACAACUGUAUGUUCAGAUUGAUGUGGCAGCCAUGUAGAAGUCCACCACACUUCUCCUGAUCUUUGAGAGUCCCGGGACCAAAGGCCUUCUGUGCUGCUGUGGGGAAAUUCUCCACCUCAACCCAUCUCUUUUUGGGUUUCUGUCGCUCCACUUCCAUCUUGGAUCAAGAUGGAGCUGGUGCAGUCCAGCAGUCUGACUCCACUCUUGCCAGAAAACAACUGACCAGCUACAACAAUGUGAUGUUUUUGAGGGAAACAAGAACUUGCAACAUUAGUGCACCCUCUCGAUCAAUUGAACUUUUUGUUUUUGAAGUUCCCAAUUGCUUUUGAUUUUUAAUGAUCCCAACAAACUGUUUCUAUUCCUCAUAAUUGCUGCCCUUUCCCAUCAUCAGAAUGGGAUUUUAGUCAUCGGUGGUAUGAAUGUGGAGUUCAGUGGACUUUUGUAAAAAUAGCAGUAUGUGAUUCAUUGACUUUUUGUACAUCACCUGCUUUGUUUUUCGGUUGUAAAGAGGUGCAGUAUUUGUUUUGCCAAUGCCAUUAUGUAAACAUAAAUAUUUGUCUGCAUUUCUUAAGUGCCUUUUUAAAAAUGAUCAUGGACAAUCGCUUGGACUGUCAUGUCUGAUGGUCAAAAUGAAUGCGAUAAAAAUUUAAUCUUUAUGACCAUGAGUUCUGUCUACAAUUAAACCAUUCCUUUGCAUUUG